AUGACAGAAAACAUUCCUAUAGUGAACGGUACUUCGCUAUACACUGUUAGAACUUAUUCCUCCAAGAAUUAUGAAUCUACUAUCGACUUUUAUUUAACUUUAUUCCAAUUGAAUAAAGAUUCAAGUGCAAACAACGCAACCUUUUUAUCGAACGAUUCUAAUACCGUUUCCAUUAAGAUUGUCUUUGAAGGUGAAGAUCCAGUUAAACAAGCAAAAUGUGAUGAAACUUAUCAAGAUUUGCUUUUCAUUCGUGACACCAAAGAUUGGAGAACAAGUACAAAGGAAUCUUUUGUUUUAAAUACUAGCAACAUCAAGACCUUUUUGGAUGUUUUAUUGGCUAGAUACCCAGACUUGAAGUUCCAAGGGUAUCCAAGUGACUUAUUCCCUAUGGAAUUGUACACGUUAGACCCUAAUGGUAAUUUGGUCGGUGUUUCCAACACCAAGAAUGCAAUUUCCACUAAACCAACAGGUCCUCCAACCAGCGCAGGUAACACAAACAAUGUCGCCAAGUUUACAGAUAACAAAUUAUCCUCCAUUGGUUCAGUUUCUAAUUUAAUCUCUAAACACCAAACAUUGACUUCCGAUGUUUUCCCAUACUUGCCAUUGUCAUCUACCGGUGAUGACUCUUCCAGAAAAGCUAUCGCUGUUAUGACUUCAGGUGGUGAUGCACCAGGUAUGAACAGUAACGUUAGGGCUAUUGUUAGAACAGCCUUGUUCAGAGGCUGUCGUGCCUACGCCGUCAUGGAAGGUUAUACUGGUUUAGUUGAAGGUGGUCCAGAGUACAUCAAACAAAUGAGUUGGGAUGACGUUCGUGAUUGGAGUAGUCAAGGUGGUACUAAUAUUGGUACUGCUCGUUGUAAAGAAUUUAGAACCAGAGAAGGUAGAUUGUUAGGUGCCUUGCAUUUAAUUGAAGCUGGUGUCGAUGCCUUGAUUGUUUGUGGUGGUGAUGGUUCCUUGACUGGUGCUGAUUUAUUCAGACACGAAUGGCCAUCUUUAAUCAAGGAGUUGUUGGACACUAACAGAAUUACCAGCGGCCAAUAUAAGACUUAUCAACACUUGAAUAUUUGUGGUACUGUUGGUUCUAUCGAUAACGAUAUGGCCACUACCGAUGCAACUAUUGGUGCUUACUCUUCCUUAGACAGAAUUUGUACGGCCAUUGAUUAUAUUGAGUCUACUGCCUUUUCUCACUCAAGAGCCUUUGUUGUUGAAGUUAUGGGCAGAAACUGUGGUUGGUUAGCCUUAAUGGCUGGUAUUGCCACAUCUGCCGAUUAUAUUUUGAUUCCGGAAAAACCAGCCUCCUCAAGAGACUGGCAAGAUCAAAUGUGUGACAUUGUCGCUAAACAUAGAAACAGAGGUAAAAGAACCACCAUUGUUAUUGUUGCCGAAGGUGCUAUUUCCGCUGACUUGACACCAAUUAAAGCUGAAGAUGUCAAGGAAGUUUUAGUUGAUAGAUUACACUUGGACACUAGGGUCACCAUAUUGGGUCACGUCCAAAGAGGUGGUACUCCAGUUGCUUUUGAUCGUAUUUUAGCCACUUUGCAAGGUGUUGAAGCUGUUGAUGCUGUUCUGGAAAGUACUCCACAAACACCAUCUCCAUUAAUUGCCAUCAAUGAAAAUCAAAUUCAUAGAAAGUCUUUGGUUGAAUCUGUUAAGUUGACAAAGGAUGUUGCUGCAGCAAUCCAAGCUAAAGAUUUCAAAAAGGCAAUGUCAUUAAGAGAUACCGAGUUUAUUGAGCAUUUGAACAAUUUUAUGGCUAUUAACAGUGCUGACCACAACAAACCUAACUUGCCACACGACAAGAGAUUGAGACUUGCUAUUGUUAAUAUUGGUGCUCCAGCAGGAGGUAUGAACAGUGCAGUCUAUUCUAUGGCUACCUAUUGUAUGUCUCAAGGUCACAAGCCAUAUGCUAUUUACAAUGGUUGGACUGGUUUGACAAGACACGAAUCCGUUAGAUCUUUGAAUUGGUUGGAUAUGAUUGGCUGGCAAAGCCGUGGUGGUUCCGAAAUUGGUACCAACAGAACCACUCCUGAAGAAGCCGAUAUUGGUAUGAUUGCCUACUAUUUCCAAAAAUACCAAUUUGACGGUUUGAUUAUUGUUGGUGGGUUUGAAGCCUUUGUUUCUUUACAUCAAUUAGAAAGGGCUAGAGAUAAUUAUCCUGCUUUUAGAAUUCCAAUGGUUUUGAUUCCAGCCACUUUGUCCAACAAUGUUCCAGGUUCUGAAUAUUCUUUGGGUUCCGACACUGCUUUGAACUCUUUGAUGGAAUACUGUGAUGUGAUUAAACAAUCUGCUUCUUCCACAAGAGAUAGAGCCUUUGUAGUUGAAGUUCAAGGUGGUAAUAGCGGUUACCUAGCUAGUUUAACCUCUAUGGCUGUUGGUGCCCAAGUUUCUUAUGUUCCAGAAGAGGGUAUAUCAUUAGAACAAUUACAACAAGAUAUCAAAACAAUGCGUGAAUACUUUGAGUUAUCAAAGGGUAGAAAUAGAUUUGGUCGUUUGAUUUUGAAGAGUAUUAACGCUUCUAAAGUUUUCAAUGCUGAACACUUGAGCGAUGUUAUUACCGAAGAAGCCGAAGGUGAAUUUGACUGUAAGGGGGCUGUUCCAGGUCAUGUUCAACAAGGUGAAUUGCCAUCUCCAAUUGAUAGAACGAGAGGUACAAGAUUAGCCAUUAGAGCAGUUAAUUUCAUUGAAAAUAACCAAGAUGUUAUUGCUGAAGCUCGUUCUGACAACUAUUGUUACGAUCCAGAUGACAUUGCAUUACAUGCCACUGCUUCAGUUUUGGGUAUCAAGGGUUCGCACGUUGUUUUGACUUCUAUUAACCAAUUAUAUGAUUUCGAAGCUGAAAUUAGUAAGAGAAUGCCUAAAUUUAUUCAUUGGACAAAGACAAGAAUAAUUGCUGACCAUCUAGUGGGUAGAAAGAAGUUGUAA